AUGAGCUUUUUAAGUGCAAGAAAAUUUUCUAGACAAGGCAAAGUUCAUGAUCACGCCAACAAGAUUUUUACUUUUAGAGAAAAAAAUGAGCAGUCCGCCCUAAAACGAAUUAGUGCUGACGAUGUAGAAAAAGAAUUAAAAAAAGUCCAAAGAGAAAUCAACUCACUAAAUAAAAUUGAAAAAGUAAAGAAUAAGCAAUCUUCAAGUUUUUUAUCACCAUCAAGAGAAAAAAUCGAACAAAUUAACGUAAAAUUUAUAUAGAAACCUACAAAUCUUGAAGCUCCUCCUUCUACAAGAUAUAAUCCUCGGAUUAAUUUUAUUAUACCGAGAUCUCCAGGAGUUUUAUUGAGGUCAGUUUCAAGUGUGAGCAGAAAAUCAAAAGUUUAUAUCCCAACGUGCAUGGAUACUGAUGAUCUUACUUGUCAUUAUCCUGUAAAAAGUCAGCAGGCUUUAGAAGCAGAAGCUAGCUAUGUGGAUUUGGAUGUGCUAAAUGAAAAAGUUAAGCAAAAAAGGACUGAUGAUCUUUUGAAUUUGUCGUGGUCACCAGUACCGUCGGUUUCUUUUGAUAAGCAGUCGCCGAGAAAAUAUAAUUUGACUCCACAAUGUGACGCCAGGUUUGAAAGUAUUAAUUAUUUCCCUCAAAUUUUUUCUAAAUAUAAAAGCACUCCAUGCGUCGACUUCAACAAAAUUUCACCUAGAAAAGAGCCAUACAGAUCUCUUUCCCCACCACCUUAUAACUGGUCUGACAAAAUUAUCAAAAAGAAACUAGAUACUGGGGCUGUAGACAUGAGCAAAGGGGCAAACCGUUUUCCAGAAGAAAGGUACACAACAGACACGGUCAACCGGCAAAAAGCUAUGGACGCUUAUAACAUGAUUCUACCUAAAACACACACCCCAACCCCAAAUUUCGAAAAAGUCACCUCAAGAAAGCGAAAUUUGCCUAAAAUUAAAGAAGACUAUAGAAAGCAUAUCCACGAUUUUUUAUAA